CCUGUACAUACCUUGAAGUAUUCCAUACAUCUUCACCUAGAAUAACAUCAAACCCAUUUCAAUCCUCUUCUACUACUUCCCUCAUGUUCACCAUUGCGAAUGAGGGUUUUGUUCCGCUCUCAAUCAACCGGAUUGCUCCCAUUUAACUAGCUGUGGCAUUGACUGAUGCAUUGCCUUGGCAUUCUUCCUCCUUUCUGACAUCGCCACCAUACGGAACGUCACAAAAAAAAAAAAAAAAGUACCUUUCCCCAUUAUCAAGAAUCUCAUCAGCCGUUGGAAAUCACCUAUGGAAAUAUACAAGAAGGCAGUGGAAUACACGAAUGGGGUCCUUAUAGAUACCAUACCACCUGCAGUCGAACGCUGAGCACAUCACUUGCCAGUCCAGGCUUUGCCCCAUGGCUUACUAUCUCGUCACCCUUUGCUGCGUCUUCGCAACUCUGGGAUCCUUUCUCUUCGGCUAUGAUUCCGGCGUGAUUUCGUCCACCCUUGAUCAAGAGGAUUUUCAGAAUCGCUUUCAUCACCCCUCUGAUGCCGCAACGGGUGGUAUAGUCGCUUCUUACAAUGGGGGCGCGAUUCUAGGUUCCGUUCUGGUCUCAUACAUCUCCGAUCCAUAUGGACGGCGUCCCGUCAUCUUCGUUGGAGGGCUCCUGGGAAGCUUGGGUGCAGCAUUGCAAGCUGGUGCCGUCACUGUCGCCAUGCUCAUUGCAGGCCGAUUGAUUGCAGGUUUGGCUGUGGGCUUGAUGUCGUCCGCAAUUCCCGUUUACUGUAGUGAGGUUUCUCCUCCCCGGAUACGCGGCUUUUUGGGCUCCAUGCAACAAUGGAUGAUUGGGAUGGGGUUUGUUGUCGCUCAAUGGACUGGAUAUGGCUGCUCUCUUCAUACCGGUGCCCUUACCUGGCGUCUCCCCUUGGCCAUCCAAGCUGUUCCCGCCAUGGUCCUCUGUUGUGGGGUUUGGUUCCUUCCCGAGUCUCCGCGCUGGCUGAUCGAGAAAGGCCGCGCUGAAGCCGGUCGAGAGGUCCUUGCUCGCUUACAUUUAAACCGGGAUAAGUCUAAUAUCCACAUGGUUGAAGCCGAGAUCGCCCAAAUCAAUGACAGCAUCGCCGAGGAACGACGUUCCGCCGUACACUCCUGGCGCGAGCUAGUAAGCAAGGCUCGCUGGCGCCAUCGCCUGUUACUUGCGUGCGGUAUUCAAGCGUUUACCCAAUGCUCAGGUACCAACAUCAUCUCAAACUACAAUCCAGGCCUGUACAGGACGCUAGGACUGAAGGGCACAACCCCGCUCAUGCUACAGGGGAUAUGGGGUGCACUGGCCCAGUUCUGGAAUACAGUGUUCAUGCUUUUCGUUGACCGUGUAGGUCGUCGCAAGCUGAUCAUCACUUCCCUGCUCGGCAUGGGUGCCACCAUGUGCAUAGAAGCGGCCUUAGCCCAGGCCAACGGCGGCUUUCAUGACCCAUCUGCCAACCCGGAUGCCGUCCGUGCCGCGAUCGCCAUGUUCUUUGUCUUCUCUAUCUUCUUUACUAGCCUUGGACUUAUCUCCUGGAUCUACCCGUCUGAGAUCUUCCCGACAGCGAUCCGCGCCCGCGGCUCAUCACUGGCAACCGCUACCAACUGGAGUCUGAACCUAGUCUUCGCGCAAUGUACGCCAAUUGCGAGGUCGAGCAUGGGCUUUAAUUAUUUCUAUUGCUUCUUCGCUUUUAACUGGGUGGCCGCUGCCAUCACUUGGGCCUUUUACCCUGAAACCGCUGGCAAGUCGCUUGAGGAGGUCGAACAUAUCUUCUCACCUAGCUCUCACGAUGAUACUCCGCGUUCUGUGCCAGACCUCAAGAAUGAUGUUGUUGCUGUCUCGAACCCUGCAGAUAGCGACUGGUCUAGGGAGAAUCUGGAGCUUAGCUGCCAUGCCAAAAUGUCAUAGUAUAUAUAGACCAAAUGUGUAGUAUAUGUAGACUAGGAUAUGCAAGUAAUAG